GCAGCUGUCAUCUCCACCGGCUUGACGAGACGAGACAUAAUCUGAGCAGAAGAAACGCUAUGAAACACUGAGGCCCUCGGUGCUGAACUCCCCCCUGAGUUCCCUGAGCUGCUGAGAACUUUCAUGCAUGGAAACAGGUCAGAGUUGGCCUAAGUGAGACGAAGCUGAGGCUGGAAGUGGAGACUCGGCUGAAGGGUGGACCACAGAGGCAUUACGAGGUCUUUACAGGUCUUACCCUGAGGUAUCUAACUGUGCAAGUAUGAAUCCAAUGUGGAAAUUAUACAAGAGCAAAGUGAUGAAGACGCUCAACCCUGAGUAUGAGGAGGACACUGCAGAAGAGGUCACAGAGGUGGAGAAUGACAUGAGUCCAGUGCAGGAGGAGGAGGGUCCCAAUGCUGUAUCCCAGCUGGCCAAGAAAAUGCAGGGGGCCGGGACUAAAAGCUGGAACAGGCUAUCAUCUCUCUUCAACAAAGACGAUGAACACCAGCUCCUAGAGGAGACUGAGAGCCCGCCAGUCGCCGACCAUCCACUUGCAGUAAAGCCGGAGGAGCCUCCUCCUCGACCCCCUAAGCGCACAGCAUUCUGGGAUAGCUUUGCAGCCAACUGGGCCGCCAAGAAGCAGGCGGAAGCUGCAGCCGCUGCUGCUGCAGCGAACGAGGCAGCAGCAGCAGGUCAGGGUGAAGAGGGGGUGACAGAGGCUGUAGGGGAGGAGAGCCAGGAUGGGCAGAUCCCUCAGGGAGAGGAGAGUGAAGGAGGCGGAAGAGGAGGAGGAGGAGGAAGGAGCGGCAACAACAGCUUCUCCAAAUACGUCUCACUGGGAGGAGGGAGCGAGGACGCAUCCUUUAAGUGGAACUUUGUCACCAGCAAGCUGGCAGAGCUGAAGGCCAAGAGCAACUAGCUGCUCAGGAUGAAGGAGUGUGGAGAAUAUAAAGAAUAUGACGAUGACGGGGGGUUAGAUGUAGGAGUGUGGAGGAAGUGUAAGGAGGAGGCUAUAUUUCACACAGGAUGUCCUGAAACCAAACUGUACAGCUAUUGUAGAAGUCCCCUUUUAUCUGAAAUACUCAACUCAUGCAUCGUCUCUUAUACAUGUCUUUUAACAAGCAGCAAAAAUGUUACAAUAAAUUAGGUUAUUUUAACCAUAACCUUAUUUAAGGCCCACAUAACCCCAGAACACAAAUAAUCUUGAAAUAUUGUUUUGUAUUGAAUUUUCAAGAGCAAGAAGAGAUCAUAGUAUGAAAAAAUAUCACAGAAUAAAAUGAGUUUACUUCACAAAGGGGACUUCUAAAAUUGCUUGUACUAAAAGAGAGUUACACUAAUUGAAAAAAACUUAUUUAUUCCUUGGAGAUGAGGUGGGUGUAUGAUACAAAUCUGCCUCUGGAGCUCUUUCCAAGCUUUAGAUGCAGCUGACAGUGUGACAAGUGAUCAGUAUGGUAGCCAGUGUUUAACCUGUUAAAUAGGCCGCACAAUACAGCCUGCUUUCAUGGAGCUAUAUGGUGAUGUCUACUUUCCCAUAGUGCUUUUAAAACCACAAAAAGGUACCUCCACACCUGUCAGCAAACUUGAUCUAAUCUGUAGUUUAGCAAAAACGGAUUAAGAGAUUAAAGGCAGUGAUAGCCAGAUUAGUUAAGGAUUAUCUCACUUAACCUGCGCAGAGGGCAGGGGAUUUCUGUGAAGAGAUUUGGCAGUGUGACAUAACUAUUGCGUAAUAUAAACAUUUAUAAACCACUUUUUCUCUCCUCGGACGCCAGUAAGAGGAAGCCUGCGGUACCACUGUGUGUGAAAAUGUGAAUGUGUCAGCUCAGGUGCACUGACAUGAUGACUUAGAUUUUCUGAUUGUGACUGAGACUGUUCAAAGAGUUUUUAACAUUCCUAAUUUUGUGACAUGAAAGGCUUUGAAUAUUAUUUUAUCUCAGAUUUUGGUUUUUGACUUGUUGUAUGUUAUCUGAUGUUUUGUUUUCUGGUAUGCUAUAAUAAAGACAUCUGUACAAAAAGUUCUGACAAAGCAUAAAACACCACAUGUAAUUUUCUGGAUGAGAAGAGAAAUGAGCCUUUUAAAUUUUGCGGUAGCAUCCUAAUUGGCAAAUAGAGAUCGUAGCAAAGUUUGGUUGGAUAACUAGAAGAGUGAACACCCAUAGUCAGCUGAUUAGAGGAAGCAGAGGGAGGGAGAGAAUCGUGAAGGGAGCCUUCUUAAUUGAACUUACGCUGAGCUUCAUGUCAAUGGUUCUGACCUGCAGUCUGUCUAACAACAGCAAACCAGCCCCCUUUAACAAAUGUGAGGGGCUAGUUUUCUUGUCCAGAGCAAAACCCUGUUCCUUUAAUUAGUGUCCUUUCUUUUUUAAUCAGGCAGCCUUAUUGAGAUUAAUAUUUCUUUUUAAGAGAGUCCUGAGAACAAGAAACGUUCACAAGAACAUAAUUAGUAAGACAACAACAACACAGGAGCAGCACAGCACACUUAACAACGACAUAAACUAGAAUAGUUACAAGCAGUAGCGCAAGAAAGUUACAACCAGUGCACACUGUUAUGGCAGGCCCUACUGCAUGGUGUCAUGCAUGUAUUGUCAACAACAUCAACAUAAA